GUUUUUGUGAUGUAAACAGCUUAUUCAGGGCCGUGUAUAUUUUUGUUUGUGGUGUAUGCCUGUGUGGUUCAGAAUUGUGGAAGUUUUGCACAGUUGAGUUUAAGUGCUUAAAAAGAAAAAAUGGAACAGGAAAAUCAGUUGUAUGGCAAAGAAUUUGAAGUCCUCGAAGUGCCCUGUGAUCAUGUUAAAAGUGAAAAAGAGCCAGUUUCAGUGAUGCAAAAAGAAAAUAUAAAGGUGGAAAAUAACUUUGAGGGAAAUAAAUCUGAAAUCACCCAUGUAUUUAUUAAAGAUGAGUAUGGCCAAUGUAUUAACACGGGUCUUGAUAAUACAGUUGCUGUUUCAGAUAGAUCCUAUAAAGCACCUGAUAAAAUAGCAAAUUUUGAUCAUAAUUUUAUAAGGUUUGGAGUUCUCAAAAGGCAUGAUAAAAAAAUAGAGUUCCAAAAGGACUUGGAUAAUAUCAUAUACAAAGUUACAGAAGAUUCUGACCAACUGACUAUUAAAAAAGAGAAUGAUGAACAACGAUUCAUCAAUGAAGGCACAGAAAUCGUUUUAAACAGAGCAGCAGCUGAGCAUGAUUUCACUAAACCCUUGAUAAAAUGUGAAGCCCUUGAAGAAUUGAAGUUGGACACCGAUUUGGAUAUUGAGACCUGUGGAAGUACAGAAAACAUUGAGGAGUACAUGUUUACAAAUGAUAAUGAUCAUAUUUUGAAACAGCCUAGGGCAGAUGGAAUUCAUAAGCCCAAUGAUUGUGUUCACUGUGAUAUGACGUUCAGUGUAAAAAGAAAUUUAGAUGAUCAUAUUAUCAGGAAACAUCCUGACUUUAUUGCUGAGGUUUCUAGUAAAAUAUAUGCAUGUGCACAUUGUACAUUUAAAACUACCAUUAAAGAAGGUUUAGUUCGUCAUAUGCGGAAACGUCCGGGCGCAGAAAGUGACUAUAAGCCUAAAAAAUGUGUUCACUGUAAUGUGACAUUCAGAAUAAAAAGAACUUUAGAUGAUCAUAUUAUCAGGAAACAUCCUGACUUUAUUGCGGAGGUAUCUACUAAAAUACAUGCAUGUACACAUUGUACAUACAAAAGUACCAUUAAAGAAAACUUAGUUCAACAUAUGCUGAAACAUCCUGAAGCAGAAGGUAGACAUAUGGAUAAACAUAUGGAGGCAGAAGGUGGCUGUGAGCCUAAGUCGUGUUUUCACUGCAACGCAACAUUCAAGAGUAAGAGAAAUUUGGAUGACCAUAUAGUUAAGAAUCAUCCAGGUUUUACUGCUGAGAUUUCUAGUAAAAUACAUGUAUGUGCACAUUGCACAUAUAAAACUGCCAGGAAAGAUGGUUUAGUUCGGCAUCUGCUGAUCCAUUCUGGGGCAGAAGACGACACCAAGCUUAAAAAAUGUGUUCACUGUAAUGGGGCGUUCAGACGUAAGACAACUUUGGAUGAUCAUAUAAUUAAAAAACAUCCUGGCUAUAUUUCAUCAGUUUCAAGUAAAGUUCAUGAAUGCAUAUAUUGCAUGUACAAAACUACCAUCAAGGGUAAGCUUGCUAAGCAUAUGUUGAACCAUCCUGAUUUUACUGCAUAUAAAAGUAGCAUUAAAGGAAACCUAGUUAAACAUAUGCUGAAACAUCCUGGAGCAAAAGUGGUGCUUGAAGAUGUUCAUAAUGAGUGUUAG